AUGAACCUGGUUAGCUUGGACGAAGAUGUGUUGGUUCACAUCGCGUCGUUCUUGAACCCCGUCGACAUCCUUAGGCUAUCUGAAACAUGCAGAGCUAUGAACAAGCUAAUACACCUACGCAUCGUGUGGACAAAUGCAUGCUCCUACCAUAUCAUAGCUCACGGCUAUCCAUUUCCCACCAUCCCACUCGAUGAAAUUCCAACGAUGGAGCUCAUGCUCCAUACCAUCCACUCGCACCAGCUUGCCAGACGAUGGCACGACGGGAUUUCCAAGCCUCGUCGCAUAAAGUACAUCUCCGGACGACUUGGAACUACUCCAGAGGUCCGAUUCUUGCCUGGAAAGCUGUUGCUAAUCAUCUCGAAGACGGUUUGGUCGACGCUGUCGGUUUGGGAUUAUGGCUCGGCGGUGUCGAAGAGGGUGUGUGAGUGGAGUCCAAGAGGCGCAAUUCUUUCGGGGGUUGCAGUGAACGGUGAUCCUAGAUCUGAGGCAACGGUCGCUGUUGCAAUGCAUUUGAACGAGAAGCGGACUGUGGUAGUUCUUUCUCUGAAACACGAUGGAUCGCUGUACGAACUACUGGUGUUGCAGGAAAUACAGGCUGAAAUGAAGCCGAUCACCUUGGAGGGUGAUAUUUUGGCGCUCAGCGAUGAAGUAUCGCAAACUGUGAUAUGGAAUUUGAAAACGAAGACAUACGGGCUGCUUCAGCAUUUGGCACUGCUUCCACUUCAGGUAAAUGAAUGUAUUCAAGUUGUCUUCGCGUAUCAGAGCGUGCUGGUAGUUCGCGCACAAACUGUACACCUUUUCCCUUUCCCCGAACUUGGAUCUCACGUAGAGAUAUCCUGCGAACCACUCGCAGAGCACUCCUUCGGGUGGGUUGACGGACAAUCUGUUAAUAUUUGUCCAUUCCUCUCGUCCUCAAGAUCAACGACAUCAAAAAUGCACACCCCGCUCACAAUCUUUGUUAGAGGAGAAAGCGAUGAUCCUUGGGCGUCAGAUAUCUAUAAUCUAGAGUUGUACACCUUGGAGCCAAACCCCGACUACACUGCCUCCAACGGCUCUCCAUACCUAUUUCCUCCGAGGCUCAGGGAUAAGGUUGCAUGCUUGCGUGGGUCGCUGACAUGUAGACGGAUCGUCCUGGGUCGUCUGGGAACAGCGGCAUGGAUCCAACCACGCGAUCGGUUUGCCAGUGGGCUUCUUGCUGAUAUCCCUACGCAUCUGGUGCCGUCAACUGUGGCACACGAAAGUCUUAUCAUCACGGCGUUUCCUGGGUCUUUGAGCAUCAAGGAUGAUUAUGGAGGGACUGUUAUUGGGAAAAAGAUAUUUGAGAAUGAAGUGAAUGCUGGAUGGACAUCGUUUGAUUAUGAUGAAGUUGGUGGGAGGGUUGCAGUAGCUUCGAGUUUUGGUAGAGUUACUGUACUAGAGUUAUAG